UUGCCGGCUGUCGUGAGGCGCAGCAUGGCUACUUCGCUGAUAUGUGCCGGUACUGUCAGCAGGGUGAGCUCUGUGCUGAACAGAGAUUCCAAGCAGUUUGGUAAGAAGCACCUGUUUGAUGGCCACGAGGAGACGUGCUGGAACUCCGACCAGGGGGCAAUCCAGUGGGUACUGCUGGAAUUUCCUCAAAUGGUAAAAAUUUCAGAGGUGCGACUGCAGUUCCAGGGGGGAUUUGCUAGUACUGACUGCAGACUGGAAGGCUGUGGGAAGAAUGAAGAUGUUUUUACAACGUUAGCUACUUUCUAUCCAGAAGACAAAAACUCCCUUCAGAUAUCCUUUUAUUUUUUCCACUUUCCCAUCCAUGGAGACCCUCUGGCCCACAAGCUAAAAAUAGUGUUUGAGAACAGCACAGAUUUUUUUGGGAGGAUCAUUGUUUACAAGCUGGAUGUCCUGGGAGAGAAGCUCUGACAUUCUCUGAAUGGCUUGAGAAAGUGAAGUUUGCCGAGUUGCCAAGAUGUACACCACCUCCCAGUGGGUGAAGAGCAGUGCAAUUCAGGUUCACUGGUGGUGAUUUUCAGAACAAGCUUUGAAUGUCUGGAUUAUUUUGCUUUGCAGCCAUGAAAACACAUCAGGAUAAACUGAGUAUGCACUCUUUAUGACCUCAUUUAGCUGAACACCAAUGUCACUUUUGAAUUCUGGUGUAACCCAAUAAUGGAAGAUUCCAUAUUUAUGCUGUACAGCCAUAAUACAGCAUGUAGAAACCAGAAAAAAAUUGUUUCAACUAAUUUUUUUUCCAUCCAUCCAUUGUCCAACCCGCUGAAUCCGAACACAGGGUCACGACUAAUUUUUUAUAAAUUUUUAUAGAGCUCAUUUAUACUAACAAUUUGAAUGCUUUGACCAGAGAAUGACAAAACAGUGGGCUAGCUAUCAUGGCUUAAACUAGUAGACCGGUUGUGUACAUUGCUACAUUCAAUAAUUAUACAAUGAACUAAUAUUCAUGAUUGAGUGUCUGCUUUUAGCACUUUUACUGCCCCCAACUUUAAUCUGAAACAAUCGUACAUUUUUAGAUACCAUUUUUGGUAGCAGGGCUUAAGUCAUUCUUGCAAAUUAUUUGAAUUGUCACUGACUGAAAAGAACGUUUCAAGAAUUGCAGGCAGGCUCAGACCAUAACUAAGUGCCUCAAGUAUAAUGUGCUGAAUAAAGUUUAAUCUUGGAUAAAAAUAUAUAAAAAAAUCCUUAAUUCA